AUGAUGAAAUCGAUUAGUAACAAUAAAUCCAAAAGGGAACAGCAACAACGCUCAAUGAGCAAAUCUUUAUCAUCGAGUACAAUAUCCACCCUCCAUCAACAACCAGAAAAAACAACACCCAAAAGAAGAAAAUCACAAAAUACAAGUCAAGCUCCUGUGCUUGUGGCAGCUUCUCUUGAUGAUUUUAGUCUUGCUUCUUCAACUCUUCAAAAAAAUGUUCAAGACUCUAUUCUAACCACAACUCCAUCAACAGUACCAACACCUCUGGUUCAAGUUUCUUUAUUUUCCAUUCUGAAUAAGAGUGGAUCUUCGGCGCCAAAAUUGCCAACAAUUUUCAAUGAUGAUGAGGAUGAGCAAGAGGUAGAGGAGAGUGAGAGCAUAAUUUCCUUCCGAAACAAUGAAGAAAUUAGUCAACAACCAUCCCGACCAGAAUUAUCAGCCGCUGAAAACACUUCCCUCUCCGAGCAACAAUAUUCCUCUCCUCAAAUAAUGUUCAAAGAAUUGACGAGGGAGAAAUUAUUCUCUCAAAAAACAUCCCCCAAAAGACCUCUCGUAAUUAAAUCUUGUGCACAUCCAAAGGAUAGUACAUUUUCCACAGUCAAUUUAAUGUUGGAAAAGGUUUUAAAAAUUAUUGGAAACUCAAAGAAAGGAACCUUUCUCUUUUUAACAAGAUCCAAUAUGGACUCUCGUAUUAUCAAGGAUAUCCUACUCCAACAAGUUCCUGACCAGAUGAAGGAUAUUAAAGUCAUGUCAUUUCACACCUUCUCCAGUACCAUCCUUAAAAAGGCAGGAAAACCAUAUGGAAAUUCUGGAUUUAAGAUCAUUUCCAAUGAGGAUACUAGAUUUUGUUUGAGUAAGGUAUUGGAACAUAAUGAUAAAACCAACUCUCUUAAGGAAUUAUCAAUGGAUGUGGAGGGUAUUCAGAAUUUUAUUGAAGCUCUCAAACUGGAAAUGAAAACUCCAGACAUGCUCCUCCGCGAAAUCAUUUCACAACACCAAAGAGAUUCAGUCAAUGGAGAGAGAAGAAAGUUAAUGUUGCUGCAAAAUAUUUACAGUGAAUAUGAAAAUCUGAAAAUGCAAAGUAAGAGUUUGGAUUUUACAGAUUUAUUAUUGCAAUGUCAUACUCUCCUGACAAAUCCAUCAUCUGAAACUCUCUCCAACAUUGGGCUAUCGAAUAGAUCUGAUCUUUAUAUUCUAAUUGAUGAUUUUGAAUUGUUAGAUCUUCCUCAACAUACUCUUUGUAAAGAUAUUAUUUAUUUGAUGAGUCAAACUCAACAGACAUCCAUCAAGAGUGUAUUGCUAGGAACUCAAAAAUUGGAUUGUGAUAAUUUGGCUAAUUUAAAGCAAACUUUUAUGGAUCCAUUUAGUUUUGAUAUUUUCAAUUUUGAUUCUAUUGAAGAUCAAAUGAAAGAGACAAAGAUCGCAGCCCAUCAUAUACCAAUUGAAUCAACAAAUAUAUUUGAUGAUCUCAAAUCAGGAGAGUUAGUUUGGAGGUACAUUUCUAUUGAAGGGAAAAUAUUGGAUGAAAAAACUUUGCAUACAGUCGUUUCAAGAUUUGCCGUUAAGGGAUUUGAAAAGAAUGAAAAUGAAACCAUCAGUGACAUUCCAACAGAGACAAUUCAAAUAAGUCCAGAGACUAGUGAGCUUAUCUUCCAAAGUGACUCCCUUUCUACCCCAAUAGGUGCUGCUGACUAUCUGACUGCUCCACAAAAAGUAUGCAAUAUUUAUUUGGAGUUUUCCUCGAAGAAGGAACAAAUGGAAUGGUUGGCAUCUAUUGAAAGAGGAAUCAUGCUUCAACAAAAGCCACUCAAGAUGCCACCUUGUUUCAAGGACAAGUGUCAAAAGUUAGAUGUAACCAAAGAUCAAAAAACAACAUUCCAACCCAAGAUUAGAAUCAAUAGGGAAAAGAUUAGAGAUAUGGUCUAUUACAGGCACUCAAUAUCUGAACAAUUCCUCAUGAAACUAGAACAUGUCAUCAACAUAAUCGAGCAACAUAUUAACAAGAGUGCCAAAGCAGCAAUUGGAGACGAUGUUCCUCUCAAGAAUUUAGUAAUGAGUAGAAUAUUCAAGCAACUUGGACAAGAAACACCUGACCAGAUAAUUAUUGUGGAUUUGAAAUUGGAGGAUUUUUGUCAAGAAUGGGAAAAGGAUUGGAAGAAUUCUUUAUUAUGGGGUGAAAAGGUAACAGAGCCUUCAACCUCUGAAAAACUCAUGAAAUCCAUUGCCGAGACUUUAUCAAAACUUGGUCAAGAAUGUGAAGAAACAACAACACCGAUAGUAUUGGAAGAAAGUCUUGAAGAGAAAAUCGAACAAACAUCUAUGAUUGAGGAGCAACCAAAAGAAGAAUUUAACAACAUGGAAGAGGAGGAAGACCAGAUUAUCAGUGAUAUUGUCUCACCAAAUUUUAAAACUCCAAACAAUGUCUCCUCUCUUGAUGCUCUCAUUUCUUCUGCCAACACUGAAAAUCCAAUGACCAUUGAGCAAUUGGCUUCGUCAGUUAUUGAUGAGGAAAUUUAUGUUUCUCCUGACAGACAACCAUCAAGGGAUAGUACUCCACCAAAAUCCACUGAAAAAACUCCAAAUCAAACAACUAUUACUCUUGAACCAAUAAGUACAAACUACUCGAAUUAUGAUGCUAGAUCCAUUCUGGAUCAUUUCAGAAAGACACUUUCCACCCAAAAAAUCGAACCAACAAAAACACUAGUCCCCCAAGACAAUAAGAAACAACUUAUAGAAAUUGAUUACGAGAUGAAUAGACUCCUGAAUGCCACUCAAGAACACGUCAUGCUCGACGACUCUGCCUAUGCCUUUGAUUCAUCGAAACCACAACUCGACAUUACAUUCAAUAAUCAAUCGGCAUUGAACAUGACUGAUAUUUCUCAAAAACCACUCUUUACACCAACCAAGCCAUCCUCAAACUUGGCCAAACUUAGAGAGCUAACCUCUCCAAACUCUCCAAGCACUGUAUUUUCUAGUAUUGUUUCCAAAUCUCUUUCCAAAAAGUUAACUUCUCCACCUCCUAAAACAAGUCCUUCAAUAACCCCUUCGAGAGCUGAACGAAGAAAUGCCAAACUUGUUCAAGUCAAAUCUGGUUCACCAAGUAAGAUUAUUCAAGUAAUUAAAACUCUCAAAACUGGUGUGACCAUAUAUAAACACUCAUCGAGUGGAACCUCUAAGAAGAAACUUGUCCACCUAUUCCUCUCUGCAGACGAGAACUUUGUUUGCUAUGUGAAACCAGAGUCGAGAAAUAUUGUCCCUCUCUAUGAAAUUAAAUCCAAAUUCCCAGUAUCUUCGAUCAGAUAUCUCCAAAAGGGAGAACUUGUUAAGAAGAGAAGACUAUUGGAAAUUAAGGGUGGUAUUGCAAGUACCUUAUUAGGUAUCAAGAAGGAGGAAAUGAAAGUCGAUUCAACUGUUCUCUUUUCCUUCUGUCUCCCAGAGAGGUAUUUAGAUUUUGAAGCCAAAUCAAUAAUUGAGUGUCAAACAUGGUUUGACAUGUGGGAAUACUUUGUAGCAGCUAUAGCUAAAAAUCAAGCCGAAAAGCAGGUUGAAGAACCAAGUGUUUCUCAAUAA